GGCCCGUCCGCGAGCGCCUGCGCCGACCCCGGCCGGCGAGCCCCGACCCCGGCCCGCCCGCAAGCGCCUGCACCGACCCCGGCCGGCCGGACCCCGCGGAGCCCGUCGCCGUCGCCGUCGCCGUCGCCGUCGCAGCAUGGCGCCCCUGCAGGGCGCGCUCGGGCUCCUGCUGGCCCUGGCCGCGGCCACGCUGGCCGGCGCGCAGUCAGACUGUGUCUGUGAAAACUAUAAGUUGACAACCAACUGCUCCCUGAACUCGAAUGGCCAAUGCCAGUGCACUUCGCUCGGCACGCAGCAUACUGUGGUCUGCUCAAAAUUGGCUUCCAAAUGUUUGGUGAUGAAGGCGGAGAUGAGUAGCAGCAAGGCUGGGAGAAGAGUGAAGCCCGAGGGCGCCAUCGAGAACAAUGAUGGGCUCUACGACCCCGAGUGUGACAACAUGGGGCUCUUCAAGGCCAAGCAGUGCAACGGCACCACCACGUGCUGGUGUGUGAACACUGCUGGUGUCCGCAGGACCGACAAGGCCACCGAAAUGACCUGUUCCGAGAGAGUGCGGACCUACUGGAUCAUCAUUGAACUAAGACAUAAAAAGAGAGAAAAGCCUUUUGAAGUUGAAAGUUUGAGGACAGCACUCAUCCAAGUAAUAUCAUCUCGUUAUCAACUGGAUCCAAAAUUUAUCACAAAUAUUUUGUAUAAGAAUGAUAUUAUCACUAUUGAUCUCAUGCAAAACUCUACUCAAAAAACCCAGAGUGAUGUGGAUAUUGCUGAUGUGGCUUAUUACCUUGAAAAAGAUGUCAAAGAUGAAUCCUUGUUCCUUAACAAAAAAAUGGACCUGACAAUAGACGGAGAACAACUGCAACUGGAUCCUGGUCGAACUUUAAUUUAUUAUGUUGAUGAAAAACUACCAGAAUUUUCAAUGCAGGGUCUGCAAGCUGGGAUCAUUGCUGUCAUUGUGGUCGUCACAUUAGCAGUUAUAGCCGGAAUUGUUGUGCUGGUUAUAUCCAGAAAGAGCAGGAGCACAAAGUAUCAGAAGGCUGAGGGCUGGGGGCUCCAGCGCUGUCUCCCGCGCCCUCAGCUGACAAAACUGCAGAUAUUCUGGCUCACGGGCCAGAGGAUGCUCUAG